AUGUCUUCAACGUGGCGGCAAAAUGGGGAAAACAGGGGUACAUACACGACGGUUGCGCAGACGGAGGAUGGAAGCGAGGGGUUAACAGCACACCCCAAAGACAUCGAAGAUGCGGACCUAGACAUGAACGACACCUUGGAUCCUCCUGUUCAUAUUGGUUCCGUACCAACGCCAGAAGACAUGUUAUUCCUGCCACGCGUCGCCGACACGCUUCCCCCGGGCGCAUUCCUAGUUGCCAUAGUCGAGCUCUGCGAGCGCUUCGCAUACUACGGACUUUCAGGCCCUUUUCAAAACUACAUUGCAAACAGCGCCGAUGAUGCCAAUGGAUUACCCGGAGCUCUGGGUCUGAAGCAGCAGGGCGCAACGGCCAUGACGAAUUUCUUCCAGUUUUGGUGCUAUCUCACGCCGCUCUUCGGCGCCGUGGUCGCGGACCAGUAUCUAGGCAAGUAUGCGACGAUCAAGUGGUUUAGCCUGGUUUACAUGGCUGGAAUAGCGAUUUUGUUUGCUACGAGUUUACCGUGGGCUGUCCAGGCUGGAGCAGCAUUUCCGGGACUUGUUCUAGCCAUGGUGGUGAUUGGGCUUGGGACGGGCGGCAUUAAGAGUAACGUGUCGCCGUUGAUAGCAGAGCAAGUCCGGUCCACGAAGCCUUUUGUGAAAACGCUGGAUACCGGAAAAAGAGUGAUUGUAGACCCUGAGAUCACAGUACAAAGGAUCUACAUGGUCUUCUACAUGUGCAUCAACAUAGGAUCCAUAUCCGCCAUCGCAACAACGAUGCUCGAGCUCCACGUCGGCUUCUGGAGCGCCUAUCUACUCCCCCUAGCCAUGUUUUGCGUCGGCUACGUGAUCCUCGUCCGCGGUAAGAAGAAAUACAUCAUUAAACCCCCGCAAGGCGGCGUCAUUGGCGAUUGUUUCCGAGCCCUGUACAUGGCCUCACGCCAUAACUUCUCACUCGACGCCGCCAAAGUAUCAUCAUCAGCCACGCGCCACUCUCGCGCCCGAAUUACCUGGUCCAACGCCUUCAUCGACGAGCUACGCACCGCCCUCCAAGCGUGCAAAGUCUUUCUCUUCUUUCCCAUCUACUGGCUCUGCUUCUCCCAAAUGAUGAACAACUUCAUCUCGCAAGCCGGCCAAAUGGAACUCCACGGCUUACCAAACGACAUCUUGCCCAACAUCGAUCCCAUCACCAUCAUCUGCCUCAUCCCUCUUAUGGACCGUCUAAUCUACCCCUUCAUCCGCACACGCCUCCAUCUCGCCUUCGGCCCCAUCACAAGGAUCUCCCUCGGCUUCCUCACAGCCAGCGCUGCCAUGUUCUACGCCGCCGUUUUACAAAUGUACAUUUACAACGCCCCGCCAUGCUUCUACUUCCCAGCUUCGUGUGCAGCAGGCAAGUUGUCAGAGGGCAAAUAUGCACCUAACAAUAUUCACGUCGCGUGGCAGGCCCCGGCGUACAUGCUUAUCGCACUAUCGGAGAUCCUGGCAAGUAUCACGGGCUUAGAGUUUGCGUACGCAAAGGCGCCUGAGAAGAUGAAGAGUUUUAUCAUGAGUCUUUUUUUGCUGACGAGUGCGGGUGGGAGUGCAUUGGGGAUUCUUGUGGCCCCGUUGGCGAGGGACCCGCAUUUGCAUUGGUUGUAUGGCGGGCUGGGGGGUGCAGCUGCUGUCGCGGGUGUGGUAUUUUAUCGGAUGUUUAGGGGGUUGGACGAUGAGGUAAAGGGAGAGGACGGUUCUGGGCCUGGUGCUAGGGGAGAGUAUGAAUUGGCGGAGAGAGAGAGUGGGGAUGGUCGUGAGCAAUGUGUGUGA